AUGGACAUGGAGAGGAAGACCUGUCCGAGGCGGCGCGCGCUCCUCCUCGCGCUCCUGCUGCGCCUCUCCACUCCGUCCCGCGCCUACGACGUACACGUGGGCGAGGACGCGCGCACGGGAUCCGGGGCUUCGACCGCCGCCGUGAUCGCGGUCCAGGGCUGCGCGUGCACCCUGGACCAGGUGGUGGCCCCGCGGUUCGCGCGCACCCUAGUGCGGACGGACGGGGGCGCGGUGCUGCUCGCGGGCGCGCCGGACUGCUCCGCUCUCAGCGCCAAUCCCUUCCCCGUUUACACGGCCGCGCACUGCCGCGCGCACCCGUCCAGCGCCGGCUUCAGACACUUCGUUACCGUUCGCUAUGACGUGCACGUGCACGGCGCGGGCUGCUCCGGCGGACGAGCGAAGAAGCGAGCGCGGGACGCGGACGUCGUCAGCCUGCUGCGCGGACGCGGGAGCGCGUGUUUCGCGGCCGGAAGCGCCUUGUUCCCCGUCGGGGACCUGCUGCCCGGCGCGGGAUGCCGUUGCCGCGUGCUCGGUGGCGCGGACUUCCACGUGACAUCGAGGGCGAUGCUGGUGUCCAAGGGCACGUGUCUGAGACGCGGAGAGCUGCGCGAGCUGCACGUGCGCUGCUGGAGGUGUCCGGGCGGGGGCGGGGCCGCGUCAGACCGCGUGACCGUCCACUGGCGCAUCGGCACGGGCCCCUUCAGCCAAGAGCACCUGGAGCUGUUGCUGCUCAGGGCCGCCGAGUCGCCGGCGGGCCUCGGGGGCCGCAGGAGGCGCAGCGUCAACACGAGUCCCCAGUUCCUGCCCCCCACCUACGCCGUGUCUGUGCCGGAGAACCGGCCCGCCGGGACUCCCGUGGCCACGCUCAGAGCGGUGGAUGUCGACGAGGGCGACGCAGGUCGCCUCGAGUACUUCAUGGACGCCCUUUUCGACAGCCGCUCCGACGGCCUGUUUGCUGUGGACUCGGCCACCGGGGCAGUCACCACGACACGAGUGCUGGAUCGCGAGACCAAGGCCACCCACGUGUUUCGGGUGACGGCCACGGACCGCGGGACGCCGCGACGCUCCGCCCUGGCCACCCUCACGGUGACCGUGACUGACACCAAUGACCACGACCCCGUGUUCGAGCAGCAGGACUACAAGGAGAGCGUGCGGGAGAACCUGGAGGUGGGCUACGAGGUGCUGACGGUGCGUGCCACGGAUGGCGAUGCCCCUCCUAAUGCCAACAUCGUUUACCGCAUCCUCGACAGCGACGACACCAACGCCGCCUUCGAGAUCGACCCCCGGUCCGGGGUGGUUCGCACUAAGGGGCCCGUGGACCGCGAGGAGGUGGAGAGCUACAGCCUGCUGGUGGAGGCCAGCGACCAAGGCCGGGACCCUGGGCCGCGCAGCUCCACGGCUGCCGUGCACGUCUCCGUGGAGGACGACAAUGACAACGCUCCACAGUUCAGCGAGAAGCGCUACGUGGUGCAGGUGCCGGAGAACACGCCACCCAACUCGGAGAUCCUCCAGGUGACAGCCACCGACCGCGACCGCGGCAUCAAUGCUGCGGUGCACUUCAGCAUCAUGAGCGGCAACGCCCGGGGCCAGUUCUACAUCGACGCCCAGACGGGCAAGUUGGACCUGGUGGGCCAGCUGGACUAUGAAGCCAGCAAGGAGUACACGCUGCGCGUACGGGCGCAAGACGGCGGGCGCCCUCCCUUGUCCAACAUCAGUGGCCUUGUGACCGUGCAGGUGCUGGACAUCAACGACAACGUGCCGAUUUUUGUGAGCACGCCCUUUCAGGCCACUGUUCUGGAGAACGUGCCCGUGGGCUACUCGGUCAUCCACGUCCAGGCCAUCGAUGCCGACGCAGGCGACAACUCGAGGCUAGAGUAUCGGCUGCUGGAAACGGGGCUUGGCUUCCCCUUCUCCAUCAGCAAUGGUACCGGCUGGAUCGUGGUGGCGGCCGAACUGGACCGAGAGGCCGUGGACUUCUACAGCUUUGGCGUGGAGGCCCGUGACCACGGCUCCCCUCCCAUGUCCUCCACGGCGAGCGUGAGCAUGACCAUUCUGGACGUGAACGACAACAACCCGGAGUUUACACAGAAGUCUUACCACAUGCGGCUGAACGAGGACGCAGCCGUGGGAACCAGCGUGGUUACGGUCUCUGCCGUGGAUCGGGACAUCAACAGUGUGAUCACGUACCAGAUCUCCAGCGGCAACACACGCAACCGCUUCUCCAUCACUAGCCAGAGCGGCGGGGGCCUGAUCACCUUGGCGCUGCCGUUGGACUACAAGCUGGAGCGCCAGUACGUGCUGGGCGUCACGGCCUCGGAUGGCACACGUGUCGACACGGCCCAGGUGUUUGUCAAUGUCACCGAUGCCAACACACACCGGCCCGUCUUCCAGAGUUCCCACUAUACGGUCAACAUCGAUGAGGACCGGCCGGUCGGCACUACGGUCGCAGUGAUCAGUGCAACAGAUGAGGAUACGGGGGAGAACUCUCGCAUCACCUACUGCAUGGAGGACAGCAUCCCGCAGUUUGACAUUGACCCGGACACGGGCUCUGUGACCACGCGGAUGGAGCUGGACUACGAGGACCAGGUCUCCUACACGCUGGCCGUCACGGCGCGCGACAACGGUAUCCCGCAGAAGUCUGACACGACGUACCUGGAGAUUCUGGUCAAUGACGUGAAUGACAACGCGCCCCGGUUUCUUCGGGACUGGUACCAGGGGUCGGUGCCGGAGGAUGUCCCAGCAUUCACCAGCGUGGUGCAGGUGUCUGCCACGGACCUUGACUCGGGCCUCAACGGCCGCAUCUUUUACACGUUCCAUGGUGGCGAGGACGGCGACGGUGACUUCAUCAUCGAGUCAACCUCGGGUAUUGUGCGCACUCUGCGGCGCCUCGACCGCGAGAACAUGCCAGCUUACACCCUGCGUGCCUUCGCUGUGGACAAAGGUCUCCCUGCGCUCAGGACACCCGUGGAGAUUCAGGUGAGCGUCCAGGACGUCAAUGAUAACCCGCCCGUGUUUGAGAAGGACGACUUCGACAUCUUCGUCGAGGAGAACAGUCCCGUGGGCCUCGCGGUGGCGCGCAUCACGGCCUCGGACCCGGACGAGGGCAGCAACGCCCAGAUCAUGUACCAGAUCGUGGAGGGCAACAUCCCCGAGGUGUUCCAGCUGGACAUCUUCUCCGGAGAGCUGACUAAUCUCGGCGACCUGGACUACGAGCGCCGCUCCGAGUACGUCAUCGUGGUGCAGGCGACGUCGGCGCCCCUCGUGAGCCGCGCCACGGUGCACAUCAAGCUCCUCGACGUGAACGACAACGAGCCCGUGCUCCGGGACUUCCGCAUCAUUUUCAACAACUACGUGAGCAAUGCAUCGAGCAGCUUCCCAGCGGGGGUCAUAGGCCGCAUCCCGGCGCGAGACCCGGACGCAUCGGACGCCCUACGCUACCGGUUCGAGGCAGGAAAUGAGCUCAACCUGCUGCUGCUCAACGAGAGCACGGGCGAGAUCCAGCUGAGCAGCGCCCUCAACAACAAUCGCCCCCUGGAGGCCACCAUGAGGAUCUCCGUGUCAGACGGCGUCCACACGGUGUCGGCGCGGUGCCUCCUGCAGGUCACCGUCGUCACGGACCACAUGCUGUCCAACAGCAUCACGCUGCGGCUCGCCAACAUGUCGCAGGAGCGCUUCCUGUCCCCGGUGCUGGCGCACUUCCUGGAGGGCGUGGCCCGCGUGCUGUCGGCGGAGCGCGGCGACGUCGUCGUCUUCAACGUGCAGGACGACACGGACGUGAGCGCGCGCGUCCUCAACGUGAGCCUGUCGGUGGCGCUGCCCGGGGCCGACGGCGGCCGCUUCCUGGGCUCCGAGGAGCUGCGCGAGCGCCUCUACCUGAAGCGCGGCGUGUUGGCGCGCUCCUCGGCGCUGCGCGUGCUGCCCUUCGACGACAACGUGUGUCUGCGCGAGCCCUGCGAGAACUACAUGAAGUGCGUGUCGGUGCUGCGCUUCGACAGCCUCGCGCCCUUCGUCGCCUCCGACACCAUCCUCUUCCGGCCCAUCCAGCCCAUCGCGGGGCUGCGCUGCCGGUGCCCCCCGGGUUUCGCCGGCGACUACUGCGAGCGCGAGGUGGACCUGUGCUACUCGCGCCCGUGCGGCGCCCGCGGCGUGUGCCACGCCCACGAGGGAGGCUUCUCCUGCGAGUGCCUCGACGGCUACACCGGUGAGCGCUGCAACGUGUCCUCGCGCUCGGACCGCUGCGUCGUCGGCGUGUGCAGGAACGGCGGCACCUGCGUCAACCUGCUCGUGGGCGGCUUCAAGUGCGAGUGCCCCCCCGGGGGCUACGAGACGCCCUACUGCGCCAUGAGCGCCCGCAGCUUCCCGCCGCGCUCCUUCGUGACGUUCCGGGGGCUCCGGCAGCGCUUCCACUUCAGGCUGUCGCUCACGUUUGCCACCAGGGAGCGCCACGGUCUCCUUUUCUACAACGGCAGGUUCAACGAGAAGCACGAUUUCAUCGCCAUGGAGAUCGUGGAUGAGCAGUUGCAGCUGACCUUCUCCGCAGGAGAGACCAAGACCACAGUGUCGCCGUUCGUUCUGGGAGGCGUCAGUGACGGACAGUGGCACGCCGUCCACGUGCGCUACUACAACAAGCCCGUCCUCGGCCGGAGCGGUCUGCCCCAGGGCCCCUCCGACGAGAAGGUCGCCGUGGUGACGGUGGACGACUGCGACUCCUCGGUGGCGCUCAAGUUCGCUCACGCGGUCGGCAAUUACACCUGCGCCGCCCGCGGCAGCCAGUCGGGCUCCAAGAAGUCGCUGGACCUCACUGGACCGCUGCUCCUGGGCGGGGUUCCUGACCUCCCCGAGGACUUUCCCGUGCGCAGCCGCCAGUUCGUGGGCUGCAUGAAGGACCUGCGCAUCGACCGCCGGCCCGUGGACAUGGCGGAGCACGUCGCCGACAACGGCACAGUGCCGGGAUGCCUUGCAAAGAAGCACUUCUGCAACAACAGCCCCUGUCUCAACGGAGGGACUUGCGUGAACCGCUGGGGCUCGUACAGCUGCGACUGCCCCCUGGGCUUCGGAGGCCGCAACUGCGAGAAGGUCAUGGCAAGUCCCCACCGUUUCCAAGGCAACAGCCUCAUUCACUGGCGCGAGCUGGAGGUGGAGCUCACGCCACCCUGGUACGCCGAGAUGAUGUUCCGCACACGCCAGGACGGCGCCACGCUGCUCCGUGUGGUGGGAGGACUACAUCACAACAUUAGCGUGCAGCUGCAGGACGGCAGCGUGCUCCUGAGCCUGUACCUGGGUGGGGGUGGGGCCGGGGGCGGAGCCAACUCCCUGCACCUGGACGAGCCGAAGGUGAACGACGGCGACUGGCACCACCUGCAGCUGGAGGUGCGCGGAUGGGCUGCAGGUUCGACACGGCCUCGCGCGACACUCUCACUGGACUACGGGCUGCACACGGGCAGCACAGAACUCGACGGCAAGCUGAGGGGGCUGAAGGUGAAGGCGCUGAGUGUGGGUGGGGUCCCCGGAGGAGGCGCCACAGUGCUCCACGGGUUCCGUGGUUGUGUGCAGGGCGUGCGCCUGGGCGAGACUCUGGCCGGCGCCACGUCCCUCGGCCUGGCUCAGGCCGAGAAGGUGAACGUGGAGGGUGGGUGCGCCCCUCCCGACCCCUGCGACUCGAACCCCUGUCCCCCCAAUAGCUACUGCAGCGAUGACUGGGACAGCUACUCCUGCAGCUGUGACCCAGGUUACUACGGUAACAGCUGUACGGACGUCUGCUCCCUGAAUCCUUGCGAGCACCAAUCAGCUUGCACGCGCCGGCCGAGCUCCUCCCACGGCUACACGUGCGACUGCCCCGGCGGUUACUUUGGCCAGUACUGCGAGAACAGGAUGGACCUGCCGUGUCCGCGGGGCUGGUGGGGACACGACACGUGCGGCCCCUGCUCCUGCCCGACGGACAGGGGCUUCGACGCCGACUGCAACAAGACCAGCGGGGCGUGCCGCUGCAAGGACAACCACUACCGUGCGGCGGACGGCGACUCGUGCCUCCCGUGCGACUGCUACCCCGUGGGCUCGCUGUCCCGCGCCUGCGAACCCGACUCCGGUCAGUGCCGCUGCAAGGCGGGCGUGAUGGGCCGCCGGUGCGACCGCUGUGACAACCCCUUCGCCGAGGUGUCGCCGAGCGGCUGCGAGGUGAUCUACGACAGCUGCCCGCACGCCAUCGAGGCGACCAUCUGGUGGCCCAGGACCCGGUUCGGGCUCCCGGCUGCCGCGCCCUGCCCCAAGGGCUCCGUCGGCACAGCCAUUCGCCACUGCGACGAGCACAAGGGAUGGCUUCCGCCCAACCUCUUCGACUGCACGUCGCUCACUUUCGCCGACCUCAGGAGCCUCGCCGACGGCUCCGCGCCGGAUAUGGCGCGGGUUCGACGCGCUGCGGCCGCGCUGAGCAACGCCAGCCGCCACACGGAGGCGCUGUACGGCAGCGAUGUGCGGGUCGCCUACCUGCUGCUGCAGGGACUGCUGCUCCACGAGAGAGACCAGAGGGGCUUCGACCUGGCGGCCACGCAGGACGUGCACUUCACGGAGAACCUGGUGCAGGCAGGCAGCGCCAUCCUGGCGCCUGAGACGCGGCUGCACUGGCAGCUCAUCCAGCAGGCGGAGGGGGGCGCUGCCGAGCUGCUGCGGCGCUUCGAGGAGUACGGCGCCACGUUGGCCCGCAACAUGAAGAAGACGUACCUGAGUCCCUUCGCCGUGGCCACGCCCCACAUCGUUCUGUCGGUCGACCGGCUGGACCGCGUGGGCCUGCCAGGGACCCGGCUGCCGCGCUACGAGGCUCUCAGAGGGACCCGCCCGGCAGACAUGGACACGUGCGUCGCGCUGCCGGAUUUGGAGCCGUCCUUCGACCCGGGGACCAGGGGGAACCGGACAGCCAGCAGGGGGCGCCGGCACCCCGAUGGGGACCACAGGGAGGCCGUGGUCAGCGUCAUCGUUUUCCACAGCCUGGCCGCGCUGCUGCCCGAACACUAUGACCCAGACAAGAGAAGCCUCAGGGUGCCCAAGCGGCCGGUCAUCAACACGCCAGUGGUCAGCGUCACCGUCCACGAGGAGAAGGGGGAGCAGGAGCAGCAGGAGGAGCAGGAGGAAAGCCACACGCACACACCCCAGCGCCUCCUGACCGUGCACUUUCGGCUGCUGCGCACUGACGAGCGCUCAAAGCCCAUCUGUGUCUUCUGGAACCACUCGAUCCCGGUCGGUGGCUCCGGCGCGUGGUCGGCCAAGGGCUGCGAGCUGCUCUUCCGCAAUCGCAGCCACAUCAGCUGUCGGUGCCGCCACACGACGAGCUUUGCCGUCCUCAUGGACGCGUCCCGGCGAGAGAAUGGGGAGAUCCUGCCUCUGAAGGUGAUCACGUGGAGCGCUGUGGGCGUCGCCCUGGGCUUCCUCUUCCUCACCGCGCUCUUCCUCGUGUGCAUGCCGACGCAGAGCUCCAACAGCACGAGCAUCGCGAGCAGCGGCACCGCAGCGCUCUUGCUCUCUGAGCUCAUCUUCAUCCUGGGCAUUAGCCAGGCCGACAGCCCGUUCCUGUGCACCGUCAUCGCCAUCCUGCUGCACUUCUUCUACAUGUGCGUCUUCGCCUGGCUCCUCCUGGAGGCGCUGCACGCCUACCGCAUGCUCAGCGAGGUGCGUGACAUCAACUACGGCCCCAUGCGCUUCUACUACAUGAUUGGCUGGGGAGUCCCUGCCUUCAUCACAGGUCUUGCAGUGGGACUGGACCCUGAAGGUUACGGGAACUCAGACUUCUGCUGGCUCUCCAUCUAUGACACCAUCAUCUGGAGCUUCGCUGGACCCAUUGCGGUGGCAGUGUCUAUGAGUGUCUUCCUUCACAUUCUGGUGGCAAAGACUUCCUGCUCACAGCGAUCCCUAGGCUCAGAGAAGGAGGGCAGAGUCCCCGGCCAGCGUACUUCAUGCUGGGUUCUUUUGCUGGUCACGGUCACCUGGGUCCUGGGUCUGCUGUCAGUCAACAGCGACUUCAUAGCCUUCCACUACCUGUUUGCCGCGCUCAACUGUGCUCAGGGCCCGUUCGUCUUCCUUUCCCGCAUCGUUUUCAACAAGGACGUGAGGAGUGCCAUCUGCCACUGCUGCAGCCGUACGUACAGGGACCGCGCUGCCACCACCAAGUCCAUGGCUUCGUCCUACAACGGCACUCACAGCUACACCGAUGGCCACCUGUAUCGACCACCAUUUGGGGAAUCCAGCGCCUCGCUCAACAGCACGCUGCGCUCAGGCAAGAGCCACCAGAGCUACAUCCCAUUCGUCCUGAGGGACGACUCCGGCCUCCACAGCAGCCAGGUCCACGUGGCCCUGGAUGAGAAGGACUCCCUCUUCCAGGAGGCGAAUCGACGUGGCGACGACCGGGAAUCGGACUCGGACAGCGACCUGUCCCUGGAGGACGACCAGAGCGGCUCCUACGCCUCCACGCACUCCUCGGACAGCGAGGACGACGAGGCUCCCUACCCGCCUGAGGCAUGCUGGGAAAGCCUGGCUGCGGAGCUUCCUUCCCUCCGCGGUACCGACAGAGACGGUCACGUGACCAAGCCUUACUGGCCCGGCGAGUUUGUGACCACCGCCAGCGAGAGCGAGGGCCAGAGCGCCCCCGACUGCCUCAGGGUGGAGACACCGAGCAGCCCUGAGCGCAGCCUGGAGCGUGACCAGGGCCCCCUGCCGGACGAGCAGAGCAAGGACACCGGCGCCCUCCUCGUACCUAAGCCGCCCAGGCUCGGCGCGCAGCCGCAGAAAGGGAUCCUGAAGAAGAAGCCGCCGCUUCCCCCCGCUGAAAAGACCCUCCUUAACCGCAUCCACGGCGAGCCGUCUGCCGGCGGCUCUGGCCCCGCCUCUUCUCAGGGCUCCUCCUCCAGCGAGGAUCGUGGGGGUGGGGCCAAGGCCAGCCCACGGGAGCAUCUCAGCGGAGGAGCGCCUGUCGAGAUGGUGGUGAAGCCGGAGCCCCGGGACGAGGGUUCCGCUGCCUGAGCGAAAGCCCGCCUCUUUCCCGGCAGCAGCGUGUGCCUGUGGCUCCGCCCAAGGGGCGCGUCCAGGCAGGCGCUGGACUUCCUGGCCUUCUGCCGCAGCCUGCAUCUGGUCUGAGAUGGAGAAGGGAGAAGGCCUCUGGAGAAAGGCUGAGCCAAUCGGGACCCCGAACCCCCCACCCCACCCCCGACGCACGGUGCCAAACUGUCGUAUCGGUGGCGCUGGAGUCGGCCGACGGCCUCACCGGCGUGUCGCUGCGCGUUUGUCUACACUCGAAAAGGACGCGCUUUCCUCGUCCCCGUUACGAGCUGCAAAUC